CACACACACACACACACACAUCGUGUUUACAGCCUUGGAGAGCGCUGCAUAUCUGACAUUUCCCUCCCAAACUCCAACCAGCUCUGUUCUCUUCUGAAAGUCCGUCAAAAUCUAACCCCUCCUCUUCCUCCUCCUGCGCCGCCAUGGAGCGUGUCCAGCACAUGACCAAGUCGGCCAUCCGCCGAGCGUCCCAGAUCGAGGUCAACCCACAGACCAAAAGGAACCUGCAGGAGCUGUUUGUCAACUUCACCCUCAUCCUCAUCUGCCUGCUCCUCAUCUACAUCAUCGUCCUGCUCAGCAGCUGAGAACAGUCUCUCUCUCUCUCUCUCUCUCUCUCUGUCUCUCUCUCUGUGUGGCUCCACUGACCUGUCCAUGACCAUGAAGAAGGAAGAGUCCACUCUGUGUGUGUGUGUUUGUGUGAACAGGUCAUGGACGAUGUUUCUGGAAAAGCUGAUCGGGGAUCAGUCUCGUCCACGUCCGGAAGUGACCCAUGGUCCAUCAUCAGCUGCAUCUUCAUUUAACUGCUGUAAACAUCUGCCUGCUGCUCAUUCACAUCAAUCCUCUGCUUUGUUAGCAAUGUUCUGAUUUUCAAAAAAACACACUCUCCCAUUUUUAAGACAUCUUUGUAGAGUUAAAGUAACACUAAGUCUGAUUGAGACCAAAAUACGUGACAGUUACAUUAAAAGAGUUAAUUUUAUCACUCUUGUGUGAUGGUAUGAUACGGUACAGGUGGAGCUCGACCCAUGACAGUCAGCUGAUUGGGCAACAAAUAAGCAUCACUCCCAGAACAAUUCUUAGACAUUUUAAUUGGAUGAGCCUCAAAUAAAACUUAGGAACUAGUUUUUCUUUAUUAUAAACUGAUUGCUGUUCUCUUUUCUUUUACAUUUUCUAACUUUUUAGCUUCGCAGUGACGUGCGUGCCUGACUGUGUAUGAUAAGAUAAGAUCAUUUACUUUACUUGUCCGAAAAUGGGUAUAUUUACAAAAUGUACAAUUUACUAUAGGCCUCUGUCUAGUCGGUAUAAUACUCAAUUAGUUAGGGUUAAAUUGACUUUAACACUGUUUUCCUGCAUAGAAAAUAUCACAUUAGAACAAUGCAACCGUGUCUGUAUUUCAAUUUAACUCCCACCGCCCAUUGAACCCUGUUCCUUCUUGCAGCAGAGGGAUCAAAAUGUUUUUUUUUAUCACCUUUUUAGAAACCUGUCGCUAAGCCGUACAUGUUUCUGUUAGCUUAUUUGUUUGAAAGACACAAGACACAUGUUUAAAGUCUAAAAGUGGAGUCUCUGACGAUGCAGAACUGGCAGUCGUUUAUUAGUAUAUCAGCGCAGAAACCUUCACUUUUGCAUGGUGUGACGUCACUGAAUGACAUUUUAUACAUCAUUAUUAAAACUGACUACCCUGUUUGGUCAGUUGCAGAACUGUAAAAGACACACACAUACUGUAUAUACAGUAUAUUUAUAUAUCUCAUGUGUAUUAUUGUGAAUAUUGUGAGGAUUAUUUUAUGUAGGAGUUUGAAAUCAUGAACCACGAAAUAAACUGCAUGGAAAGUG